GCGGAACAUUUCAUUUUGUUCUGCCAAUCAGUAACGCCCUGACAGUGACCGCGCCCACAGGUGACGUAGACAGUGUUCCGUACACUUUUUCCGCACGCCAGGGACCCCUACUGAGUUGUUGACAGACGGACAAGCAAGUGAGGAUCAGAUGUGCAGGUUUAAUCAGACAGAAAUCUGUUAUGCAGUUCUGGGACACAAACUCUCUCUGCAGAUGGAUCCAGAGUCUCAACGCUAUGACGCAACAUUAAAACAUCACAAAACAGGCAACAAAACAGUUGAUCCAACAUGUAAAAUUAAAAAUGACAAGAUAAAAGAGAAUACUUGUGAUCUUUACAAGAGCAGAUCUGAUGUCAUGAUCAGUAAUGGUGCUGUGAUUAUAAAUCAUGUGAUCAGAGAAGAUUCAGGCAGAUACACAAUAGUACUUACUGACUCGACUGGCUCAGAAACAUCUGCAGAACUUCAGAUGAAUGUUAAAGGUGAGGAUCAGAUGUGCAGGUUUAAUCAGACAGAAAUCUGUUAUGCAGUUCUGGGACACAAACUCUCUCUGCAGAUGGAUCCAGAGUCUCAACACUAUGACGCUUAUAUACAACAUCUCAAAACAGGCGACAGAACAGUUGAUCCAACAUGUAAAAUUAAAAAUGACAAGAUUAAAGAGAAUACUUGUGAUCUUUACAAGAGCAGAUCUGAUGUCAUGAUCAUUAAUGGUACUGUGAUUAUAAAUAAUGUGAUCAGAGAAGAUUCAGGCAGAUACACAAUAGUACUUACUGACUCGACUGGCUCAGAAACAUCUGCAGAACUUCAGAUGAAUGUUAAAGAUUCAGGGUCAGUGGUGUUUGUGAUUGUGUGGAGUCUUCAGAUGAUGAUUCUGUUGCUUCUGUUGGGAGGUUUUCACAUCUACAUCAGAAACACACACACAUCAGGAGGGAAACUGGAAGAAGAUACUGCUCUGUAGAUCCAGUCUGAGAAGAGUGAUUUAAACAACAGCGUCAAGAGACGGCAGCAGAUUUCAUCAAAUGCAUGAGAAAUGAUUUCAUAAAGAUUUUUGUACAGAUGAAUAGAGACGCAGGUCACUGUGUAGUUAAAGGUUGUUUAAUAAGUGUGUGUUGAUUAUAAACAGAUGGAUCUGUAUGUUCAUACACACCUACAGUACAGCAGUUAUUGACAUUUUGAAAUAAAA